UCGAGCAUUGGAUUAUUAUUAGCCUUAUCUUUGAUAAAAAAAUAAAUAUAUUUAUAUUAAUUUUUGAACAGGAUCGAAAAUGUGUCAAAAUUCACUCGAGGAUCGCGUUCGCCACGUCAUGAAGUUGAUGGAAUCAUUCAAAAGGGAAAUGGGUAGGGCAAUCGGGCAUUCGCCCAUGCAAGCCAUACUAAACCACCCGUACCCUCCGCGGUCUCGUAUUCCAAUCCCGCACGAAUUUCAAAACCACGACGAUAAGGCUCUCGUAAGGUUGUGGCCUGAAAUAGAGCGACGCAUUUUAGAGUGGCGUAAGAUUGUUUACCUGUUUGCCUACGUGAGUAGGGCCCACAUCGUAGCCGAGACUCCUUGUUUGGAGAGAAUUGCAAUUGGUUACGAGAUACUUAGGCCUAAUUACGAGGCCGAUUCAUCACCUCAAGUACAAGCACUAUUGCGAGGCGCUAAGGCCCUCAUUGAACAAGCUAAGAUUUCCAACGAACUAGCGUGUGCUUACGAGGAUCAAGCCAUGGCUUAUGCUCUAGAAAAUAACGACGUCCAUUCUAGGGAAUGGUAUGAGAAGCAUGCGAGUAGGUAUUUGCCAAGCCCUUUUGUCAUGAUGGAAAAUAUGCAACAUUUGCCGUCGGAGAUUCUGAUUAUCGCAUUCCCGGAUAUGGAUGUGGGGCCGCAACGCAUGUUUCACCACAAAGAAGACGAUAUGGACCCUUACGCAAUUAUGACAAUAAGGAGGGCGUUGUUCAAUAUUUUGCCGUUUUAAUGGUUCGUUUAGCUUCUAAUA